AUGACGGCCGGACGUCGUGUCGAAGGGAUCGAAGCGGAGCUCAAGGCCAAGAUCCACUUCGAAAAGAACGUAUAUGUGGUCUACUUCUCCGUGCCGAUCAGUUUGGAAGGGUUCUUCACGAGGCUAAAGGAUGUCUGCAAGUUGGCGGCCAAUGCAAAAAUCACGGUGAAAAUUAUUGAUGAUGAAGGUGAGUGGUCUUCCGACUUGUUUGUCUUGAAGUUUAGGUCACAGUCGCUGCCAAAAUGAGAGGAAUUAUGGUUUAAUUUAGAAAAUUUUGGACCUUUUGUCAUGAAACUUUUUUUGACCUAAAAGUUGAUUAUGAUUGUAAAAAUUUUGGGGUAAUAGAAUAUCUACUGGUUAUACAAAUGUUUCGUAAGAGUUAUUAUGCUCUCUGAAUAUUUUUGAAGGUUUUUCUGUAAUUGAAAUUGAAGAAUGAAAUUUUAUAUGACAGAUUUUUAUGGUGAAGAUAGUGAUACACCACUAGUUUAUUUAGAUGUGUCAAUGAAUUUAGGACUUCUUAAAUGGUCUAUUAUACAAAUUCAGAUGGGUCUCUUUUGAUUUACAGCAGCAAAAACCCAAUUUUGAGCAAAAUUUUAUAUUGCACUUGAUGGUGAAUAUAAAAUUUUGCCUUUUUGAUCAUAAUCUGCUGACUGAAUUGGCUGAUAGCGCUUGAAAUAUGAUUUUCAAACAUUUUAGGUGAUCCAUGCACAGUAAUUGACCAGAGCGACCUCGACGAAAUUAUCCAUGUCAUCACGGAGCACAGUGGCUCCGAUCUCAUGGUUCAUGUGUUUAAUGGUGUCCCACCUACUCCAGGUGCCCCUUGUAUCGGAGAAGACAGUAUGUUCUUUCUGUUUUGUUUUGAUUUACUUUUAGAUUUCGAAAAAAUUUUGGGGCUUUUGGGUCCCAACACGAAAGCCGGCGGAUUUGGAAAACUCCAAUUUUUACUGUUUUUUGGGAUUAUAAUCGAUGUUUUCCUUUCAGAAAAUGUUUAUCGCCGCGGUGCGCGUCGUUGGAACAAGUUCUACAACAUCCACGGCCAUCGAUUCCAAGUGAAACGAUCAAACAAACGGGUUGAUUGCGCCUUGUGUCAAGACACGAUAUGGGGCCUAGGCCGCGGCGGAUUGAAAUGCGUGGAUUGUGGAAUGUUUGUACACAAAAAAUGUCACAAAUUUGUGAGGAAAUUUUGCACCAAAGAGGUCGGAAACUUCCCGCAAACACCAAUUAUUCAAAAGCAUAUCCAGCCAACCCCAACUCAACAAAUUUCGCCGAUUAACGGAAGGGCCAAGGGGUUGGAGGCGAGGAUUGAAGCUGAACAGGUACGUGGGGAUCUGGUGAAGAUAUUUUGGUGGCAAUUAUUUUAAAAGUAGUGCAAAAUUGUAAUGAAAAAUUAACGAAACAAAUUUUUGGCCCAAAAUUUGAAUUUUUUUAAAAAUUGCUAGGUUACUGUAAUUUUUGAUGGAAAAUUUUUCUAAAUAAGGUUCCCUGAAGUAGUUCUAAUAAAAUUAGACAGUCAUUACUGCUUUGCGAUUAGAUUAUUUGCCGAAUUUUUUGAUUUUUUUAAAAUUUUUUUGAAAUUUUUUUGAGAUUACUGUAAUUUUUUGAUGGAAAUUUUUGUAAAUUAGAUUUUAAUAAGUGCUAGAAGUAAUAUUAAAGAUAUUUUUGCGUUGUAGUUGAUUUUUUUCCUCGAAAUUUGAUGGUUUUUUAAAAAAAUUUGGGGAUUUUUGAAAUUUUUCAAAUUUUUUUUAUUUUGAUGCGGCAUGGUUAAUAAAAAAUUUCAAAAAUGAUUUUACGACUUUCUGAAGACUUUAUUUAUCGCUGCGUUUCAGGUCAACGGCCACCGACGACCGCAACACAACGGGUUGGACGACUUUAACUUGCUCAAGGUGAUUGGCCGCGGAUCUUACGCGAAGGUUGUGCAGGCCGAACACAAGCAAACCAAGCAAAUCUACGCCAUCAAAAUCAUCAAGAAGAGCAUGUUCCUGGAGGAGGACGACUUGGACUGGAUCCAGACGGAGAAGUCGGUCUUCGAGACGGCCUCGAAUCACCCCUUCUUGGUGGGCCUGCACUCCUGUUUCCAGUCGGAUUCGCGCUUAUUUUUCGUCAUCGAAUUCAUCCCCGGCGGCGACCUGAUGUUCCACAUGCAACACCAACAACGCCUACCCGAAGACCACUCCAGAUUUUAUUCGGCCGAGAUCAUUUUGGCGCUCAACUUUUUGCACUCCAGGAACAUCAUUUAUCGCGACUUGAAGCUGGACAAUGUGUUGUUGGACCAACAUGGACAUGUGAAAUUGACCGAUUUCGGAAUGUGCAAGGUGAGAUUUUGAUCGAGGAGGGCUGAAAAUUGGUUGGUUGGGAGAAGUGAAAAUUUUGGAAUGUAAAAUACGUCUUUUGAAUUUUUUUGGGUUAUGGUUUUUUUGAAAUUUUGAUGAUUUUUUUUAAAUUUUUUGGUGAAAAAUAGUGAUGAAAUGACCUGAUGGGGACAGAAAAAUAAAUUUUGAAGGUAAAAUACGGUGGUGCAAAUUUAGUAAAUUCAGAAAUUAUUGAAGAUUUUGGACAGAAAAUUUUAAUUUUUGUCUCGAAUUUUGAUGAAAUUUAUGAUUUUAGAAAUUGUAGCCCUGUUUAAAAUUGAUUUUAGAGUUUUUUAUCAAGGUUAUUGAUGUUUAAAUUAUUUUUAAUUCGAUUUUCCGAAAAAAAAUUUAAAAAAAUUGGUAAAAAUUAAAAUUUUGGAGAAUUUUUGACCUAAAAAUCUCAAAAAUUUUGUAUCAAAAUUUGGGAUAUUUCCAAAUUUUUUUAAAAAAAUAUAAAAUUUUCCAUUUUCAGGAAAACAUUGGUCCCAACGACGUGACCAACACCUUCUGCGGCACCCCCAACUACAUUGCACCGGAGAUUUUGCGCGGCGAAGACUACGGAUUCAGCGUGGACUACUGGGCGCUCGGCGUCUUGAUGUACGAAAUGAUGGCCGGCCGCUCGCCCUUCCAACUGCCGGGCAAUGAGAACGAGGAGAACGCCGAGGACCAUCUCUUCCACACGAUCCUGGAACGCCAGAUCCGCAUCCCGCGCCAUUUGUCGGUGCGCGCCGCCAAUGUCCUGAAAGGAUUCUUGAACAAGGACCCAACGCUCAGAUUGGGAUGCAAGAAGGACAUUGAAGAGGGAAUGAAUGACAUCAAAAUGAACGGGUUCUUCAGGGACAAUAUCGACUGGGUCGCGGUGAGUUGGAAAUUUGAAAAAAAGCUUUGGGUUUUGAGCGAUUUUUGGCGGAAAAGUCCUUCCGGAAAGUCGGAAGUCGCUGUCGUAAUUUUUGGCGUUUGCACUGUGCGAAAAAACUCAGGGUGCGAGCGACAACCGAAAAAAGCCUAUUGCACGGUGCAAAAAUUAAUAAAUUGCACAGUGCAAGGUGCACUUUUGUUUUCGCACAGUGCAUGUCGCGAAAAUCACUUUUUGUUUUUGCACGGUGCAAAAAUUAAUAAAUUGCACAGUGCAAAGAAAGCUUUUGUUUUCGCACAGUGCAUGUCGCGAAAAUCGCGUUUCAUUUUUGCACGGUGCAAAAAUUAACAAAUUGCACAGUGCAAGAUGCAUUUUUGUUUUCGCACAGUGCAUGUCGCAGAAAUUACUCGAGCGACUUGCACUGUGCGAAAAAGUCAGAGUUCGGGCGACAGCCCAAAAGAGCCGUUUGCACGGUGCAGAAAUUAACAAAUUGCACAGUGCAAAGAAAACUUUUGUUUUCGCACAGUGCGUGUCGCCAAUUUCGGUCCAGCGACUUUUCGGAUAGGUUUUUGGUAAUUUUUUUUUGAAAUUUUGAGCCUUUUUUUGACUGAAAAUUUUGAUAAAAGUCACAGAACAUGUAUGCGAAAUUUCAAACAUAAUAAACUGGUGAAAAAUAUUUUACAAAGCAAUUUUGUUGUAAACGAACCACCUCAAACUAAAACAAAUCAAAAAUCGCCACAAAAAUUUUUCUUUGGUACUUUGAAAUUUUCUCAAAUUUAACUCUAGUCUGUUAGCUCAUAAUUUAUUUUCUUUUAGCUCGAACGCCGUCAAGUCUUGCCCCCGUAUAACCCGAACGUUGCCGGUGACCGAGACCUCCGCCGAUUCGAUGUCAACUUCACCAACGAAUCUCCCCGCCUAACGCCCGAUGAUCCGGCCGAAAUUGCACGUCUUGAUCAGUCGGAAUUCGAAGGUUUCGAAUACGUAAACCCACUUCAAUUGGAACGGGAAGAUGUGGUCUGA